AUGCGGAUCGUGCUCUCCUUUGUACUAGCGUCAGCGGUUCAAGCCGCAGUGUCGUGUGGGUUUGACACGUUCAACUACACUGAAACGACCAUCGACAAGCUGCAAGACGCUAUCGUCAGCAAGCAGCUCAGUGCCGAGGAAAUCGUUCAGCAUUAUUUGGACGUGAUUGAUCAACUCAACCACAACGGCCCACAACUCAACGCUGUGAUCGAGACGAGCCCCACCGCGUUGGCCCAGGCCAUCGCCCAAGACCGCAAUGGCACCCGCAGCGGCCUGCUCCACGGCAUCCCCAUCCUCAUCAAGGACAACAUCGCGACCACGGACGACGGCUUAACCGCGUGCGCCGGGUCAUUUGCGAUGGAGGGGAACAUCGCCCCCCGCGACGCCUUCCUCGUCCAGAAACUCCGCGCGGCCGGGGCGAUUGUCCUCGGGCAUGCCAAUAUGGUUGAGUGGGCCAACUGGCGCACCCUCACGGAGUCGUGCUCGCGGUGGUAUCACCAAGAAUCCGUACGUGCUGACCGCGCGCACAACCGGUUCGUCGUCUGGCUCGGGCUCGACGGUGGCGGCCAACAUGAUUCCUGUUGCUUCGACCCGACUGACCCCGCCUCCAAGGACGCCCCCGUGCCCAAGUACUCGCAAAUGUACAACGCCCUGACGUCGUUCAAGAACAUUCGGGUGGCGAUUUCCAAAGAAGCACAUGACAAAACCAAAAACAAGCUCCUUUCCCAGGCGCAUAUCGAUGCGUUUAACCAGGGGGUGGGGAAAUUGAAAACGCUCGGCGCCGACAUCGUGUACGCGCCUGUUGUCCGGCGAAAACCAGGAACAAGGGACUUCAACCAAGUAGAUUACAUUUAG